AGACGCGACAUUGGACCAAGCAGCCACACCGUGACCUUGCCAAGACCUGAGGGGUAGAGCGAGCGAAGCUGUAUGGCAGAUGAUUCAGAGCUCGAGCAUUUUCUGUCACAGCGACCGUCCCCGCAAGACCUGCCAGACCUAGUGCGUAGUCUCAAGCUGCAUAUCCUCAACGAAGGCAUUCCCACGUCUCAAGACCAUCUGCGACCUCUCCUCUGGUCCAUUCUGCUACAAGCUGAACCGGCCUCUACAGAUAAAUACCUAGAGCUUGUUGAGCGUGGUGCAUCGCCUGCUUACCAAAAGAUACGCAAUGACACGUUUCGUACCCUCGCAACCGAUCUCGGCUUCAAGAACCGUGUCAGUGAACUCGCCCUCAUUCGUCUCCUCAACGCCCACGCAUGGCAUGCACUGGAUCGUGAAGCAGAGAAGGGUAUGGAAGCGAAUGGGAGUGGUGUGCCGUAUGUGCAAGGCAUGAAUAUCCUCGCUGCGCCAUUCCUGUAUGCGUGUCAUUCUGAAGUGCAAGCAUUUGAGCUCUAUGAGACUUGGCUGCAGCGAGAAUGUCCAUUGUAUGUCCAAUCACCAACGCUGGUGGGUGUGCAUAUGGGCUGUACAUUGCUUGAUCGAUGUCUUGCUCAAUUGGAUGGCAAACUCGCUGCUCAUCUCAAGAGUAAAGGACUGACUGCUGAAGUCUAUGCGUUUCCCUCCAUCAUGACCUUGAGCGCUUGCACACCACCUUUGCAGGAAGUUCUUGUCCUCUGGGACUUUCUUGUCGCCUAUGGACCGCAUCUCAAUGUCCUUUGCGUCCUGGCACAAAUCAUCAUGAUGCGUGAAGCAAUCAUGGCACCAGGAGCUUCACCCAUGGCACUUCUCAGAAAGUUCCCACCGCUCAAGGGUAAGACUGUCACGACGCUGGCAGUCAGCUGGAUUGACAAGCUUGAGCCCGUGCUCUAUGAGCAACUUGCACGGCAUUGCUGGGAUGCGACACUUAUGCAGGAGUUGCAGUGAAGAGGAAGAGGCUUGAAAAUAUGCUAUGCAGCUACGCAA